AUGCCUGGGCUAUUUGUACACAGCGCUUAUGAUUCGAGUUCGGUAGUUUGUAAUGGUCCACAGAAGUUGCGCUCCUUUUUAAAUGUUCCCGACAAAGACUUUCUCUGUAUUUCUCCAAAGGUUCUGCGCUGCGAGCAGACGCCAUAUUCCGUUGACAUCAAUCAGCCACUAUCAAUUGUCUGCAAAUUUGACGGUGAUUCUGCACCGGAAAUCAAGUGGACGAGACCGGAUGGACAUGAGUAUAAUGGCCGAAACACAUCGGAAGGAGCGUAUGAAGUGACACAGAAUGGAACUCUGAUAGUGAACGGAGUAACGAUGAGUGACUAUGGCGAGUGGAAAGUAAUGGCCUACAACAAAACAGCGUCUGAUGAGAUGCCAAUUACUGUGCACGUCAUCACCACGACAAUCUCGACAUCGAAAACCUCAACUACGACAACGACAACUACGACCACCACACCAAGACCGACAACAACCAAGCUCACAAAACCUACAAUGCAAUUCUCAAUAGCAGCUUCGACCCCGCUACUAACAAAAGCAAUGCAGACAAGAUCAACCACAGAUUUGUAUGCGACUGAUGAAUCGACAUUGUCUGGCGCCUAUAUAAAUUCAGAGCAGACUGCGGCUGACUCUGGCCCUCUAAUUGGUGGCAUCGUAACUGCUGCAGUGACUACUACUACUACUACUACUACUACUACUACUACUACUACUACUACUACUACUUCUACUUCUACU